AUGAAGUCCCUGAGGAGCCGAAUUUCUACAUGGCGGAUCCCCGAGGUGGGCAAAGAGGUGCCGAUGUAUGUGCAACGAGCCUUCCGUGUCAAGACCUUUGCCCUCCUGGCUCUGCAGCAAGGCUUCUGCUUCACGAUGAUGGUACUCCUCCGACAAGUCGUUUGGGAUGGCCAGCCAGUGAAGAAGUCGCCUGCGGUUGAGGGCCUCUACUACUUGCUGAGCUUCGGAGACAUGGUGAUGAUCAUGCAACUCUGGCUCAUCCGAAGCAGCUUCCCCUACAACUACCUCAUGAUGUCCGUGAUGACCUGCGUCACGGCAGUGCUAUGGAGUCUGACCGAAUCGGUCUUCGCAACGCUUUUGCACAUGGAACUCGUUUUCAUGACAUGUAUAGCAAUGUUCAUUGCAUCGCUGGCGUGCUGCGUGCUCACCCGCGAAUUCUUCAAGCGCCUCUCCGUGCAUGCUGUUCCGAUUGCUCUCUUCACUGGUUGGCUCACUGCCUCAGUUGGGGUCGUUCUCGUCGAAAGGCUGACCCCACUUGAGCCGAGCCUGAAAGACUGGGAACCAUGGCUGGCUUCUGCCUUGCUGGCCUUGCUGCUCCUGCUGCUGAUGUUCGAGGGAAGAUUAGCUUUAAUGAGAAGCCAGCCCGAUGACUUCAUGGGAAUCCUGAUCAUCAUGAACGGAAGUAUGAUGUCUGUGGUCAGUGUUCCCUUCUUCGUCAUCAUCUACGGCUUCUUAUACAUGACGCGUGAGGAGGACCGUGACCCUAACAGUGUGAGAGCCACUGACGAAGAAGAGCCCCAGCCAUACUUAGAUAAUGUGCCACACCCGCUGGCAGUAGGAGAGCCCUAG